GCUUUGUUUGUUUAAGAUCGGGGUUGGGUUGUUAUUGAUUUAGUUGGUUUGUGUUCAUGUGGGGAUGGGGAUGGAGAGGUGCUUGCUGAUGUGCUUAACAUCAUGAUAGUUUGGUACCUUUUACUUAUUAAAUUUUCUUUCAUCCUCUUUCUGAUGUCGGAUUUGUUAAAUUUCCGUAGUUUUGAUCUUUUAUAAUUGUUGGUGAAAUUUCGGGGAUAUGAGUAUAAUUGUCGAAGACAACCUUUGUGGUUUCCCUUGAGGUUAGAUUAUGCGUACAUACUGAAGUGACUUCAGCAUAGCUGUUUCUCGGUUCCAUUGUUUUUGCGUUUGAUUCGCUACACUGGCAAGCGAGGAACGGAUGCCUAAUUUUUGUUUUAACGAAUAUUUAACUAGAAAUUUGUACUUUUCAAGUCAGAAAGUUUGAACCUUUGAACUAGAUCGAGAUGAAGAUUACUGCAGAAAAUGUAGGCCGUGAAUGUGGGAUAUAAAUGACGAUCAAGAAAAGCUCGGGAUGAGCAAUAUCUCCAUUUUUUUAUUGGGAGGUUCAGGAACGGAGUGAUUUUAGCAUGGGGUUGGGGGUGGAGAUAUGCCGAACGCUGCCUUAUUUAUUGGCUGAGCCUGAAAGAAAUCCUAGAUGGAUGAUAUACGUAGGGAGGCUCAAACAAUGAGUUUGAUAGAUCAUCCAAACCUUGUAAGGGCUUAUUGUUCAUUUGUUGUUGAACGAAACCUUUGGGUUGUCAUGCCAUUCAUGGCAGAGGGUUCUUGUUUGCACCUAAUGAAGACAGCAUACUCAGAUGGCUUUGAAGAGGUUGCUAUUGGUUCUAUCCUGAAAGAGACUCUUAAAGCUUUGGAGUACCUUCAUCGCCAAGGACACAUACAUCGGGAUGUGAAGGCUGGAAAUAUACUACUUGAUAGUAAUGGGUCUGUGAAGCUUGCUGAUUUUGGUGUUUCAGCUUGCAUGUUUGAUACAGGUGAUAGACAGCGCUCCAGAAAUACCUUUGUGGGAACCCCAUGCUGGAUGGCACCAGAGGUAUUGCAGCCAGGAACGGGAUAUAAUUCCAAGGCUGAUAUUUGGUCCUUUGGUAUUACAGCUUUGGAGUUGGCUCAUGGUCAUGCACCAUUUUCAAAAUAUCCUCCAAUGAAGGUGCUUCUUAUGACCAUACAAAAUGCUCCUCCUGGGCUGGAUUAUGAUAGAGACAAACGGUUCUCUAAGUCUUUUAAAGAAAUGGUUGCAAUGUGCCUGGUGAAAGAUCAAACCAAGAGGCCAACAGCUGAGAAACUUUUAAAGCACUCCUUUUUCAAGAAUGCUAAGCCUCCAGAGGUUUCUUUGAAGAAACUAUUUGCUAACUUGCCUCCUCUUUCACAUCGUGUAAAGGACCUGCAGCUUAAAGAUGCUGCCCAGCUAGCCUUAAAGAAAAUGCCUUCAGCAGAGCAAGAAGCAUUAUCACAGAGUGAGUACCAGCGAGGAGUUAGUGCAUGGAACUUUGAUGUUGAGGAUUUGAAAGCCCAAGCUUCCCUGGUGAAUGAUGAUAUGGCAGAGAUGAAGGAAGAGGAGGAGAGUAUAAAUUCUUGUGGUGUUAAGGAUGCCUACUGUCCUCAAUCUAGUUUGAGGAAUUUCAAUUCAUACAAUGAAUCAUCUCAGGAAGAAUAUGGAGUAGGGGCAAGUGGUCAGGGAUUGUCACAAGUAGAGUGCUUGAGCAAAAAGGGAAACUUUAUGGAAACUGAUAUGCUGAAAGCGGGGUUGCAAGAAAAAACUGGAUGGAAGAGAAAUGGAACUAGCACCGAAGCAGAAGCAUCUACCUCUGGCCAAGACAUUGUACAAGGCAAGGCCAAAACCCAAAUGCCAAAAGGUCGUCAAACUCAAAGCGGUCCACUUCUACCUGGCAUUGUGCUCAGUCAUUCUUUAUCAGAAAGAGUGCGAGGCUCUGAGAGGUUUGAUUCUGAAAUUCAACCAUCUGCUGAAAAAAAUCGUCGAGAAGCACGGCAAGCUCCAAGCUUCAGUGGUCCACUAAUGCUGCCAAACCGCGCCUCGGCAAACAGCCUAUCGGCUCCCAUAAAAUCUUCUGGAGGGUUUAGAGAUUCAAUGGAUGACAAAUCCAAAGCUAAUCUUGUGCAAAUUAAGGGACGUUUUUCAGUGACGUCAGAGAACCUAGAUCUCGUAAAGGAUAUUCCAUUGAGCACGGUUUCACGUCGCUCUUCACAGAACUCUCCUCUACGAAAGUCAGCUAGUGUUGGUGAUUGGAUAUUCGAUUCCAAGCAGUCUGUCAGUCAACCCCCUAAGGAGGCUUGCAACAUCAACGUGCCUACAUCAGUUCUUCUGCCUCAUCUUCAGAAUCUUUUCCAUCAGACCUCAAUUCAACAGGAUCUUAUAGCGAACUUGUUGAAUAGCUUACAAACAGCAGACGUGGUUGAUGCUACUCAAAAUGGAAAGUUGCCUCCAUUGCCUCGAAGCUCGGAGAAUAAUGGAAGUGCUGAAACAGCGGCGGUUGAGAGAGAGCGUUUACUGCUUCGGAAAGUCUCUGAACUUCAAGCUCGAAUGACGCAUUUGACUUAUGAAUUGACCGCUGAAAAGUUGAAAUACAUUCAAUUACAAGAGCAGUUCAACUCGGCAUAUGGUCAGGAAGAAAACGAGAUCAAGAGGGAAGAAAAUGUAUGAUAAGGCACGGCCCACCGUGCUACGAUUACUGUAAAGUACGUGCACUAUAUACAUCUGGGAGAGAAAUAAUUAUGCAGUAAAUUGUUAUUGGACAUUCAAGUCUUUGGAGAAUGUCUAUUGUUGGCAUGUUAAUAGCUCUGUUGUUGAGGCAAAGCCAGCAACCAUUUUUCUCAAUCUCCCAUCGCCAUCUUCAUUUGGUUCCUUCAGAGUUGAGAUCCUGAGUGGCAAUCAGCUCCAUAAACUUCCAUUUUCCUCAGUAAGCCGCUCAAAUUUUAUCUUACUAUUGUCUGGAUGGCCGUGAGAUGGAAAAAGAAGGUAAAAAAAGCAAAAAAAGAAAGCCCUUAGAAAAAGCUUUGUUUGUGAAAUCGGCCACCUACAUUUAUAUUUAUUUGUUCAUAUGUAAUAAUAAUGAAAUAUUAUUAUUUUAUGCCUAAGGACCCAAAACAAGAAGCUUGCAAAAGCAGGCUGAGUUGGGGCUUUUUUCUCC